AUGACUUCAAUUUUGCGUCUGGGAAGUAAGGACCGUUCUCCUUUUCUAUUCAAACGACACGGAUCUGCCAACACAGGGGAAAGUACAUCCGAUCUCCUAGCUCACCGAUUACCCGACAUAUCACGGGUUGAUACGCGGUCGUUACUAGGUCUUUUUGAUGAGUUUGGCAAGUUCGAGCAUCUCGACGCUUUACCUAGACUCCAACCAGGUCAACAGGUGUCGAUAGCUCCCAACCCCGAGAUUCGCGUACCGACCGUGGGUGCAAAUCGACCCACAGACGAAGCAAAGCCUUUAAGACAUCAGCCCCAGCAGCAUAAGGUCGAUCUUAUCAGAAAUGAAUCAACAUCCUCAUCAUGUUAUUCUCACCCAAGUCAAAGGGAGAGCGACUACUCGCCUCUGGUUACCAGGCAGUCGUCAAGCUCGAGCUAUGCACAGGAGUCACCUUUCGGCUCAUCAGCAACACCGCCACCAGAGGUAAAACCGUCGAAGACCCCAAGCCAAUCUUCUAGAUCGCGUUCGAUAUACUUGAUAGAUGGCUGCUCACAAACGCAAAGAUUCAACUCGAAUACGACUUCUUCAUCGGUAGCCAUUGUGUCGCAGCCACCGAAUCUGGAUAAACCGCUCCCUCCAGGCCCGUCCGCAUCCCAAAAGGCAUCCUUAUCGGUACCUGAUCUGUUACUGCGGCAACUCCCUGCAGAGCUACCAUCUAAUGAACCGCCGGGUCGCCUGAACAGGAUGCAACGGCUAUCAUCAGGAACAAGAAGCGCCUCUGCUAGGCGAGCGUCUGAUGGGCAAACCGUGUCCGAGCUCCCAUCCUGGAGGUCCAGAUCUGUGCAAGAAGCUCGCCCAGGGAACUUGAAGGUUCGGAGGACCGAUCCCCCGCUUUCUGAGGCAUAUGGCCAGCAACAUGCUGCUUCCGAAGUCGAAAAGCACCGCCGCCAUACCGCCGACAUCCUGACAUCGAUAGGCCAAGUGCAGCCUAAGUCGAGGCCAAACAAACAGCGCCGAAAUAAAUUGUUCAAGCCAAUCACAGCUUCCACAGCCGAACAAGUAAUUUACAAAAUCAUGUGUAACCUUCACAGCGUGGAAGAUCUCCAGUCAACUGCAAUGGUCAGCAAGGGUUUCUACCGUACUUUUCACCGCAAUGAGUCCAACCUAGUGAGCCACCUUAUUUUCAAGACAUCACGGCCGGCAUGGGAGUUUCGCCGGAGUGUUCUCGCUCUGAAAGGGUCCAACGAUUUUGUUCUAAAGGCGUUCCGUCGGGAUUCUAAGAACUUGAGCGCUCUCAAAGCUUUCAUCUUGGCUCAUUGCAGCUCAACUUGCAAACCGAGCCUGCUUGUUGGACUACUUGGUCAGAAUGAAGACCGCGUUAAGCAGAUCGACAAUGCUCUAUGGCGGAUCUGGUCAUACUGCACCCUCUUCGGAAACGCCGUUGGCCCGGCGAGUACUUCCCAGGCAGAGAUUGACUGGCUGAAUGGGAGCAGAGCAGCGAACAAGAAUAUGGGCGCAGGGUUUGCCAUUGGCAAUGGGAAGGGCCUUACUACCACGGAACUCGAGGAUAUGAACGGACUUUGGCAAUGCUUGCAAACCCUUCUUUCGGGUUUCCAAGGACGUGAGUCAGAGGCCAAACACGCCCGGCGUGUUCGACAAUUGGCAUCUUCGGGAAACCACGACUGA